CUAAUUAAUUAAGCAAUAACCACACAAUAACACAAAAGCAUAAAUUCAAAAUCAAACUUAAAACAAACAUGGUUAAGUACAUGAUGAGCUACUUCAUUGUUCUUGCUCUUCUAGCAUUUGCUCCUAUAUGUUUCUCUAACAAAUUCCAAGGAGGAGGGUAUCUCUACCCUCAGUUCUAUGACCGUUCAUGCCCACAACUCCAACAAAUAGUCAAGUCUGUCGUUGCUCAGGCGGUUUCUAGGGAUCGUCGUAUGGCUGCUUCCUUGCUUAGGCUUCACUUUCACGACUGCUUUGUUAAGGGAUGUGAUGCAUCAGUGCUGCUAGACAACAGUGGAAGCAUAAUCUCAGAAAAGGGAUCCAACACCAACAGGAACUCAGCUCGAGGGUUUGAGGUCAUUGAUGAAAUCAAGGCCGCAGUAGAGAAAGCAUGCCCGCGUAUUGUCUCUUGUGCUGAUAUCCUUGCUUUAGCCGCUAGAGAUUCAACUGUUAUUGCUGGUGGACCAAAUUGGCUCGUACCUGUAGGAAGAAGGGAUUCAAGAGGAGCAAGUUUGAGUGGAUCUAACAAUGACAUUCCUGCUCCUAACAACACAUUUAACACCAUUCUUACCAAGUUUAAGCGUCAAGGCCUUGAUCUUAUAGACCUUGUUGCCCUCUCAGGUGCUCACACAAUAGGAAACGCAAGGUGUGUUAGCUUCAGACAAAGGUUGUACAACCAGAACAGAAACGGACAACCAGAUUUCACACUUGACCAAGGAUAUGCUUCUGAGUUGCGCAACCAAUGCCCGCAAUCCGGUGGUGACCAAAACUUGUUCUUCUUAGACUACGCAACCCCCUUCAAUUUUGACAACAGCUACUACAGAAACAUAUUGGCUAACAAAGGGUUGCUGAAUUCUGACCAAGUUUUGUUAACCAAGAAUUAUGAAUCGAUGCAAUUAGUGAAGCAAUAUGCAGAAAACAUGGAGUUGUUCUUUGAUCAUUUUGCUAACUCGAUUGUUAAGAUGGGUAAUAUUUCACCAUUGACAGGGAUGAAAGGAGAGAUUAGGCAGAAUUGCAGGAGUAUUAAUUACUAUUGAGAUCCUCUGUUUUUUUUUUCCUGUUUUUUUUAUUACUGUUUUGUUGUUUGAGUUGAAAAUGUGGUGUAAUUGUCUUUGUUUUUUUCGUUUUGCAAGCUCAUUUGUAAAUUAAUUAAUCUUGUUAGAUGAAAUCAAUUAAUUUUGUUUUCAAGA